UUUCUUAUUUUUAAACAACAAUUUUAUUUAUAAAUAAACGACUGAAUAUGCCCCCUAGCACUCCUAGCCAACGUCGACCUCAGCAGAAAUUUAAUAGUCCAAAUGCUGAUAUGAUUCGCUUUUCACCUAGGAGUGGUUUAAUGAACAAACUUAACAUUGACCCAAAGAAUGUUGAUUGUCUGCAACUUUGUAUGGAUGUUCCUUUUCUUGAUCAUCCUUAUCUAAUUGGACCUCGUGGAAGGAAAAGCCAGGUUCGUUUGUUAUAA